AUGCUCUUCUACAACGGGUAGCAGAAUUGGAAAAGGUCAAUGCAGAAUUUCUGCGCACAAAGCAGCAACUUGAGCAAGAAUUUAAUCAGAAGAGAGCAAAAUUUAAGGAGUUAUACCUGGCUAAGGAAGAGGACCUGAAAAGACAGAAUGCAGUGCUGCAGGCGGCCCAGGAUGACCUGGGCCAGCUGCGGACCCAGCUGAUGGAAGCCCACGCGGAAAUGGAGAACAUCAAGGCCAUAGCCACAGUGUCAGAGACCACCAAGCAGGAGGCCAUCGACGAGGUCAAGAGGCAGUGGCAAGAAGAAGUGGCUUCUCUCCAGGCCAUCAUGAAAGAGACUGUUCGUGACUAUGAGCUCCAGUAUCACCACAGGAUGGAGCAAGAGCGAGCCCAGUGGAGCCAGUACCGAGAAAACAUGGAGCGGGAAAUUGCAGAGUUAAGGAGACGACUGUCUGAAGGCCAGGAGGAGGAAAACCUAGAAAAUGAAAUGAAAAAGGCUCAGGAAGAUGCCGAGAAGCUGCGCUCGGUUGUGAUGCCCAUGGAGAAAGAGAUUGCAGCCCUAAAGGAGAAGCUGGCAGAAGCUGAAGAAAAAAUAAAAGCAGCAUCAGAGGUUAAAGAGCUGAACCAUUAUUUAGAAGCUGAGAAGUCGUGUAGGACAGACUUGGAGAUGUACGUGGCUGUUCUCAACACACAAAAAUCAGUCCUGCAAGAAGAUGCAGAGAAGUUGAGGAAGGAGCUGCAUGAAGUUUGCCAUCUCCUAGAGCAAGAGAGGCAGCAGCACAACCAGCUGAAGCACACAUGGCAGAAAGCCAAUGACCAGUUCCUGGAGUCCCAGCGGCUGCUGAUGAGGGACAUGCAGAGGAUGGAAAUUGUGCUCACCUCAGAGCAGCUCCGGCAGGUGGAAGAGCUGAAAAAAAAGGAUCAGGAGGAAGAUGAGCAGCAGAGGCUUAGCAAGAGAAAGGAAGAGAAACAAAAAGAUUCAGAUGAUGAAACAAAGGCUUCAUGUUCUCUGGCCCCUGAAGAAACCCUUACCCAGCUCUCUAAUGAAGAGGUGCAUGUGAAUAGCACCCAUGGCUCAGUCCAUUCCCUGGAUGCAGACUUACUUCUUUCCUCUGGCGAAUCCUUCAAUAAACCAGACACGGAUAUGUUUAAAGAUGGACUACGGAGAGCACAGUCAACAGACAGUCUGGGCACAUCUGGAUCCUUACAGUCCAAAGCUUUAGGAUACAACAACAAAGCAAAAUCUGCUGGGAACCUGGAUGAGUCAGAUUUUGGACCACUUGUUGGAGCAGAUUCAGUGUCUGAGAACUUUGAUACGGCUUCCCUUGGAUCCCUGCAAAUGCCGAGCGGGUUCAUGUUGACCAAAGAUCAGGAAAAAGCAAUCAAAGCAAUGACACCAGAGCAAGAAGAGACUGCUUCCCUGCUCUCCAGUGUCACCCAGGGCGUGGAAAGUGCUUAUGUGUCCCCCAGCGGGUACCGCCUGGUCAGCGAGACAGAGUGGAACCUGCUGCAGAAGGAGGUGCAGAAUGCAGGGAACAAGCUGGGCAGGCGCUGUGACAUGUGCUCCAAUUAUGAGAAGCAGUUGCAAGGUAUCCAGAUCCAGGAGGCUGAGACCAGAGACCAGGUGAAAAAGCUGCAGGUGAUGCUGAGGCAGGCUAACGAUCAGCUGGAAAAGGCAAUGAAAGAUAAACAGGAAUUGGAGGAUUACAUGAAACAAAGUGCUGAAGACUCCUCUAAUCAGAUCUCCUUGCUCAUGGCCAAGUGUCAGAAGUCAGAGAAUUUCCUCAGUGAGCUGCAGCAGGCAUUUCUGCAAGCCAAGAGAAGUGUCCAGGAGCAAAUGGCUGUCCUGACACAGUCAAGGGAGCAGGUUUCAGAAGAGUUGGUGAGACUGCAAAAAGAUAAUGAAAGUCUUCAAGGAAAACACAGCUUGCAUGUGUCCUUACAGCAGGCUGAAGAUUUCAUUCUACCAGAAGCAGCAGAGGAACUCCGUGAGCUGAUCCUCAAGUACCGGGAAGACAUCAUCAGUGUGAGGACAGCAGCAGAUCACCUCGAGGAGAAGCUGAAGGCUGAGAUCCUGUUCUUGAAAGAGCAGAUCCAAGCUGAACAAUAUUUGAAAGAAAAUAUAGAAGAAACUCUACAGCUGGAAAUAGAGAAUUGCAAAGAGGAAAUAGCUUCCAUUUCCAGUUUAAAAGCUGAACUAGAAAGAAUAAAAGUGGAAAAGGAGCAGUUGGAAAGUUCUUCACAGGAAAACCUGCAGCAGCUGGAGAGUCUGCAGGAGGCAAAGAACACUCUAGAAGAACAGCUGAAGAAGGAGACUGCAGCAAAGGCCAACCUUGAGCAGCUGGUGUUUGAAGAGAAGAACAAAGCUCAGCGGUUGCAGACUGAAUUAGAUGUCAGUGAGCAAGUGCAGAGAGACUUUGUAAAGCUUUCUCAGACACUUCAGGUGCAGCUGGAGAGGAUCCGGCAGGCAGAUUCCCUGGAGAGAAUCCGUGCAAUCCUGAACGACACAAAACUGACGGACAUUAAUCAGCUCCCUGAAACAUGACACCCUGAUGGGCUCCGAGGCUGCGUCUGGGGUUUUUAACUCAUCUUUAUAGCAACAUUAAUUAUUAUUUAACUCUAACCGAGAGAGCAGAAGACAACAGAGGGCAGCGAUGACUAAAGUUUUGUUUCUAGAGGGGAAAAAGGUUUCGUACUGGGCAGGAAGAGAUCACAAGGGUGACUUGUAGUGUAGGAAGGAGAACUUUCUAAUGGAAACACUAAUGAGUGCAGUGUUUCGUGUUCCACUGAGUGGGAUCAGUCCUUACAUUCUGAAAAACUUCCCUCUUUCAGCCGACUUCAUAACCUAAUAUAGAGUUUUGGAACAUAUACCCCUGUCUUUCCCUCUGUCCUUUCCCCCACUACUGUGAUCAAAGUAGCUGCUGGAAACUGUAUUGUCCCUCCAAAACGUUGAAGAGCAGAGUGGUUGAAGUUUUUCUGUUUGAAUAGUCAGUAACAGUAUUCAGCUAGCAGAGAGAAUGAGGUGUAGAGUAUGCUGUAUGAAUAUUUUAUAUUAAAAUAUGACUUUAUUAGCAGGACACUGGAUAUUGAUCUUAUUUCAUAACUCAGUACUUUUUUUUUUAAAACCAUUGGCUCUGUGAAGAAUCUGAAUGCUGCUGAAAUGUGGAUAUGAGUGAGCUGUGUAUCUCCUGAACAGGUAAAUGCUAGUCCAAAAAAAAAAGAACACUGUACUGAGAAUUUAAUUCCUUGCCAUUUUUCUGUUGAAUUCAGAUACUGAAAGCACAAGAAAUGCACUGUUUUGUAAUCUCUUUUCACAAAUGUAAUUUAGAAUAUGGAGCUACAACCAGUUGUAUCUCAUCUCCUAAAGCUGAGCAGUGCCUGAAAUCCCUUCUCUGUGGAAAAAAACCCCAAAAAAACCACCAAAAAACCCAAACAAACAAAAAACCCAAGCAGAAAAAAGCUGGUAAAAGUUGUGUGCACAUCUGAACAUUGGCCUGAGGUGAUGCAGGUGUGCUCUGCUCUGGGGGUAGCACCAGGUGUGAAGGCAGGAGCUCUGGGGAAGGUGAGGGCAGGUGCUGAAUGAAGCUGUUCCUGACCCCUCUGCUGGGUCAGCCUCGAGUCAGCACACAGGGAAUCACUCCCAGCCCCUCCUGGUCAGGGCACAGACGUGCAGGAGCUGCAGGAUUGUGCUGCUGCAGCUUGGAGGGAGCAGUGCAGCUCUUUGGUGUCCUGGAGCUCAGAGGUGGCUCCUCUGCUGUGCCCUGGGUCUGCUCCCACACAGUUAAAUUACACUGAGUAAUGUGGCAGCAGAGGCAGGAAUUUCUUGUGAUCACUCAGUUGCCAGGUUUGGGUUUCUUGUUCUAUAAAUGUCCAGAGGUAACAUGAGCAUUCCUCCUCCUCCUGCUGUGCUGCUGGAGUUCUGUGCACACAGCUGGACAGAUUCCUGAACUGUUGCAGUUGUUGAUCCUGGUGGCACAAACCCAAUCCUUGAACUUUACAACUCAGUUAAAAGGAGGCUGAAGAAGCAGAUUCCACUGUCCUAAACUUCUAAACUUGUCCUAAACUGGAGUUUUCCCUCCAUUCCUUGCUGUUUUUCCUUCACAUACUUGGCCUGAGAUCUGAUGAUUUUCUUCAUCACCUUCAAAAGUGACAGAAAAUGCUCCAAACUGCAAUGCACAUGACUAUGUAUUUUAAGUGCUUAGAUCCUAUUUUUAGCAGUGUAUAUCCUGCUACUGCAUAAAGUCAGAACCGGUGGUUUUGAAGAGGAAUGCCUUAAAAACAGCCAAAAAAGCAUCAUACAAGCUCAAUUCCCUGCCACUCAUUACAAGAGUUAAAGCAUUUUAUUCACCCUGGCAAUUAAUUCCCUUCAUAAUCCUGACACCCCAAAUUAAUUUUUCCCACCUUAGUAAUGACUAACAGGUGGCAGAGCUGUCAUGUCUAGAGAUGACACUUACUUUCACAUAAAGUAAGUGAAGUUGAAGUGUGGCAUGAGUCUUAUUUGGCUAUUACCAGAUUAGGGAUUUUUUACCCUUUCUCAUUAUUUGCUGAACUGUGGGUGACAGCAGCCAGGUCCUGAUGCAUAAAUCCAGGACCAGAUGUUUUCAUUCCGUUUUCCAGUGGUUGGGUAGACUUUGGAGACAAAACUACAGGCCUUUAGUAGGAGCUGCAGAACAGAAAGGAAAGCUUUUUAUUCUGUUCCCACCCUCCCUUGCCAAAAACUAAUGUGUAACUGGUUAUGGGUUAGUUCCUGUAACUGGUGCCUACUUCACCUGUGCAGGAGGUGUAAGGAAGCCUCUUCUAUGGCAAAACUACACCACAUCCUGUACCCUCUUCAGCAAGCUGAGCACUUGAGGAACUGCACCUUGAAGUCUUUCACUGUAAAAUAUUUUUUGGUUGUGUUUCUGGAUGGUCCCAGUGCGAGUGAGCAGGGGAAGGGGCUGUUCUUGGCCUUGCAGCAUCCCCUCCUGGUGCCUGUGUCUGGCCUGUUCUCAGCAGCCCUGUCUGCUCUGAACACCCCUGGCUGUGCUGGCUCGGAGUGCUGCAGGAGCUCCAGCUCUGGGUGGCUUUUCCUUGGUGUGUUUUUAUGGCUCAUGGGCACAGCUUUCCCCAGGUGUGCUGGUGUCAGGGUGAGGUCAUGGCCGUGGCCUGGCAGGAAGGGGGCAAGUGGGGCAAGUGUUUUGGGCUCCUUGGUAGCCCUGGGGCCAGUGAAGCUGUUUCUGCAGGCCUAGGGGGGUGUGCACUGUGUGCUCUUGCUCGUUUGUGAACCAGGCACUGCACAAGUCCCUGGAGGAACUUUGCUGUGGAGAUGGGCAGGCAGUUCUUGCAUGGUUGUUUUUCCUCCUCACCGCCCUGUUCCAUCAGGCACCCGAACACCUGUGCUCCUGUCAGUACCAGCUGUGACUGUUUUAGUGUUGGAAUACGAGUCACCUUUUUUCACCAACUGCUGUAAUGUCAGAUUUUUAAACAGUUCUGUUUGAAAUUGGAACCCUGGCUGUUAACAGAAGUGGUGGGAGAUGUGCUCCCUGCAAACUGCUGUCCCUCCUGGGGAAGGACAGCAAAGCUUCAGCAGCAGCAGCUGAGCUUCUGCUGAACUCAGACUUAAAGGGGCCUUUAAAAGCAAAACAAGACAGUGUGUGCCAAAUUUGCAGAGCAAAUUUAAGAGACUGUAAAUGUAGGAAAAGCUCUUGGUGUAGAUACUCACUGGAUGAUGGAUUCUGGUGUUACUGCUCAUGAACAUAAGAAAACAAAUGCUCUUCCUUCCAGUUCUGGGUGUUGUGGAGCAUGGCUGGGGCCGGCGUGGGUUCUCCUGUCUCAGGCAGUGUCACCUGCUCAGCUGUGACCCGGGCUGAGCUGUUGGUGGAGGCUGUAGCAGGGCCCAGAUGGAGUUCUGUCUGCAUUCCUGUACCUGUAUAGUCUUAACCUGUACAAAGUGUUCUUGCAGCAUGUCUGGUACCCGGUCCCUCCCCAGCACUGCCCCGCCCGCCCUGCUGUGCCACGUUUUAGCAGUGCAGUAACUCCUGUCCCCCCUGAGCUUCACCACGGCGCCUUUUCCAAGGGCAGGGGGGAGGGACAACAAUUCCUUCUUGUCCACUAGAGUCUGGCUACAGCAGAGACUGAAUUGGCCUUGUCAUGGCAAGAAGGACUCCAGAGCCAUCUUUUGCAAAAGGCAAACAGUGUUUGGAAGUCAAUACUGCAUUCCAGUGAGCCAAGCCAUUGGUGUCCUGUGCAAUCGUGGGUGUAGAAUUCUGCUGUCUCCAGGAUUCCAGUGUAACCAUUUGUUAACUGUACUGAAGGUGUGUCCUUUAUGGAGAAAGUGUUCCAAAUUAAAAAAAGCUGCUGAA